AUGAACGUGUUGGUUUUCCUGGCCUUAACCCUUUUUGUGGGGUGCCACUGCCAAAGUGAUGCAUUGAACAAGAAACAGUACAAGACACACUUGGAACUCAAAAAAGAUAAUUUCUGGGACUACAUCUCAAAAGCAGUGAACACCAAUGGGGCUGCGCUCCAGAACCUUGGGCAGAUGGAGCUCGGACAAGAGAUCAACACAAAGGUGUCUCAUACCGUUGAUGCAAUCAACCAAUACAUCGAGACUCUGCAUAGUCAGGUGACCCCUCUAACUCAGGACCUGCUGGCCAAGCUAUCCCAGGAGGCUGAGCAGCUGAAAGCCCGUCUGGAGCAGGACCUGGGUGCCGCGCGAGCUCUGCUGGAGCCCUACACAGAGGAGCUAAGGCUGGAGAUGGAUCGGCAGAUGGAGGAGCUAAAGAGUGACGUGAGGCCCCACAGACAGAUGCUCCAGCCGGAGGCACUGAGGGCCACCAUGGUCCAGACGGCCGAGGAGCUGAGGGGAGGCCUGGAGAACAGUGUGACGGAGCUGCAGGCCCAGCUGGAGUCUGAGGCCAUUGAAAUGAAGCAGAAGAUGGACCAGUACCUGCAGGAGCUGAGGGAGAGCACUGCGCCUGCAGUGGAGAACCUCAAAAGCCAGAUGAGCAAAGUAGGCCAGGACAUCGAGCAGACCUUUGUAAACUUUGGUGUGGGGCUGGGCCAGGACCUGAAGAACGAAUUUAUUUCCUUCUGGGAGACUCUCACCAAAAGAAGUUAA